AUGGACUCUGGUCCCAUCUCACUCCAGCCUGAGGCUACUUUGAGUCCAGAGCCAACGCCCCAGGAUGCCACCUCAAUUCCAGUCGCUUCUCCAAGUUCAGCUGGCCAGAAACGUAGCCCAUCUCCAACCAAGUAUGAGCCUUCAAAGCGAGCAAAGACAGAUAGGGAUUCCGCCGAAUCUAGCGAAGACAACCAACAUCAGACCAACGAGGAUCAGGAACCUGCAGCCGAUGUCGCGGGCCAGGCUGAAGAAGACCCGGAGGUCAUCGAUUCCCCCGACCACAACACAGAAGAUGACCCAAGAAUCUAUCUGCCGUAUGGCUUUCCACCUAUUAACCCCGCCAAGAUGCAGGAGCUUACGGACUGGCUCGAAAGCCGUGCCAAUGUUGAAGGCGACAACCAGGUUGCGGCCGGGCUUCACACACAGCUCUUGAAGUCCAUAGAACCUGGACAUCAAGACCUGGAAGAGAUCUGCCGCAUGAUGGGCCUCGAUACCAAUGGUAUUAACUGGAGAGACGGUAUUGAUGUUCCGGGAGUCAUGGAGGAUGGGCUCAAAGCAAGACCUCAUCAAAUUUCUGGUGCCAACUGGAUCUCGACGACUCUCGAAUCGCCCCUUCGUGCUGCACUCUUCGCGGAUGAGUGUGGCACUGGAAAGACAGUGCAAAUUGGUCUUGCACUGGCCAUUCAUUAUCACCGCAUCAAAGCAGAAGUGGAGGCUGGAACUUUCAGGCCUCGGGAUGAAAGAAGAAGGUACAAACCCAGUAUCAUCCUCUGCCCCCCGGAUCUCGCCUAUCAAACGUUCAGAGAGUGGUGUCACUGGUUUCCCGAUUUUUUCAACAUUCGGAUUUGCCAUAGAACAAAGGUCCUGGCAGGUGAUUACUUCACAAGACAGCAUGUUAUGGACCAUAGGCAUGGGCUCCAAGAUUGGGUCGAUGAGAAUGCUGCGUCCCACGAAGACAUUGAGACCCUUCGAAAUAUCGCAAUCGUUCCUUACCAUACCGCCAUGAGGCGAAUGAUCAUUCCGAAAAAGAAAGAACCUGCCAGUGAGCCGCAAAACGAUGAGAACAACGAGGCCGGCGACAAUGAUGGAGCCGGUCAGGCACGUGGCCGACGUCCACGAAAGAAAGGCAAGCCCGGCCUAAAGCAAGGACAAGCUGUUGCAAAGCAGCAACUGGACUUCAAAGUAACCGGCCAGAGUUACAACUGGAUCAUUUGCGACGACGUAUAUCCCAUUCGGGGACCUCGUCCCACUACCCACAAGCUGAUCCACCAGCUGGAGCAUGAAGCGACACUGGUGACAUCUGCGACACCACUGUUGAAUCAGCAGGAAGACAUUUAUCACGACCCCCGGACGUAUUUUGACAGGAGGACCUGGCGCGCUAUCCAAGCUGGCAGAGAUUUCAGAGGCGUGGACAUCAAUAGUGUUGUCCAGCCAAACAGCUUCAUCGGUCCUGUUCUCCCUCGCGACCAGUUGAUGAAGGAGGAGUACACCACGUACAUCCAAGAGAGAAAGGGCCCGUUAUUUCUAAUGAACCCAGAUCUUUUCCAGAAGUUCUGCGACGAGAUUAAGUCCGAACGUCCUGAGAUUGCAGGACAGGCUAUUCUGCCUCUUCUGAGAAUGUUUUGUCUUCGCCGCGGAAUGUUAACCUCCGCUACCAUGCCAGAUGGAACUACCGUGGUUCCAGGCGAGGGUAUCCCGUCCAUGCACAUCAGAACCGUCGUGCUGCAGCCCUUUGACGACGAAGACAAGAGAGAGAUCUACAAAAUCUGCAAGAAGCAUUAUCCGAAGCUUUUCUCAACUGCGGAUGAAGAGGAUGAGGACAUUGGUGAUGGAACUAUCGACAAAGCGAAACUCACAUGGGUCAACCCUGCUGAACUUCGAACCCUAGGCUUGUCGACAACCAACGUCGAGUUCUACCCUCUUACCCAGAAAAAGGGUAGUGACGGAAAGACAAGUUUCCUGAACUCGAAGGACGUCCAGAAACUUAUGAGCAACCCGCCUCGCUUCGACAGACUGGAGUCUUUCAGCCUUCCUGGAGCGGCAGCCCCCAGCGUAGCUGAUGAUUCCGACGAUACUCAGAACAAUCAAUCUGAUGAUGGAGUUGGCGGCCUACGAUGGUAUUUCAUGGAGAUGCAGAAAUGCCGUGAUCGUGGUGACCUUGCAGAGUUUCCUACCGAUCGCGAGGACAUCCCCAAGACAUUUUGCUCUCGCAGUGCCAAGAUUUGUUGGGCGAUCAAUCGCGUGCUCGAGCUGAAGGAACAGGGAAAGCGAGUUCUCAUUUUUGUCAAUCAUCCGCUGACGUCUGUCAUCUUGACAGCCCUGCUUACAAGCCUUUGUGUCAAGACACUGAACAUACGGAGCAAGCAUGAUGUCGACCAACGCGCCCACAUGGUUCGCCAGUUCAACAAUGCUAGUACUGAGAACGGGGCCGAAGCACUCGUCAUGUCCUUCCAGCUAGGCGGUUUCGGCCUCAACCUCCAUGGAGCUUGCCACCACGGUAUUAUCGUCGAGUAUCCUGAGAAUCUCCCCACUAUGCUUCACUCUUUCGGCCGUCUUUGGAGAAUGGGGCAAGAACACGAGGUCCAUUGGGACGUAUUGUACUUGGAGAGCUCUUUCGAUGGCUGGGCCGAAACUCGGCUGGUUUCGAAGUAUGCCGAUAUCCUUGCAGCUGAAGGAGAAAUUCCUGACGAGAUUAAAGAGGAAUAUCGAAUCAUCUGCGCGUUUGAGCUUAUCAAGCGAUAUCUUGGCCAAGAUUGCAACCGAUACCCAAGACUUCGCGUGACCUGGUCUGAACAGGAUCAUCCCCUUGUUGCUCGAGAAGGCCAUUUCUACUCCGCUGUGGCGAAUUAUCUCAUGCAGAAUCCCAGGCACAUCCACAAGUUUCUCAGCAGACGUCUAUAUGCGAUCGCUCGUCGCUGGACCCCGGAGCUCGGAGAUUUGACCCUCGACAUGAUCGAAGGGAGAUCUCCCGAAUUGGACAAUGGUGUCAUGCUGGAUUCGCGCAACCCUGACACGCCUGGUUACAUUGCAGUCGUCGCAGGUGAUAAUCUUGCGCAGGAGCUUGAACAGGUUGCUGAGAUUCAGGCGAACUUGAGGACUGAUGAAAUCAGUUUGGACAGGGAACGACGGCGACGGGUUUGA